AUAUCAGUAAUACAAAACAAAUCGAUUACUGUCAUCGAAAUGGUGAUUACUUUGCUGAUUUGACAUUAGAGCUUCGUCUUUGCAAUAAUUAUGAAAAAAAAAAAAAACAGUCCAGUGUGCCUGCCUACCAGGAAGUGAGUCCCUACGAGACGGGUCAGCCAGUUCCUCUUUUUUUUUUUUUUAGUUUCUGGAUGUAACAGACGCUAAAACAAGCAGGACUGUUCGCUUGAGGUCAACUUUGUAAACCAAUAAAUGGUAAAUAUAUCUUACGAGGAAUUGUCGAAAUUGUAGUGCUAAUAUUUUCUAGAGCUGGGAAUUGGGCUAAACAAUAUAAAGAAAAUAUGGGAUGUAAAAAAUCCAAGCUGAUGGAUGAGCAGAAUGGUGGUGCACUUGAUCUGAAGAAAUCGCAACCAGUACGUACUGACCUAACCAUAUAUGCGAAAGAUCCAACGUCCAGUAAACAGAUCCCAUCAACUCAAGAUAGUCAUCUACUGCCAGGGCAGAGAUUCCUGAAGUUGAAAGAUAAGUCUGAACCUGGGAAGAUCGUAGUCGCCCUGUACCCAUAUGAGGGUCUCCAUGAUGAAGAUCUGAGAUUCAAGAAAGGGGAAAGACUGCGAGUUAUUGAGGAAUGUGGAGAAUGGUGGAAAGCCAUGUCCCUUACAACCAAGAAGGAAGGUUUCAUUCCCAGUAACUACGUGGCACAAGUGAACACAUUGGAGACAGAGGAAUGGUUCUUCAAAGAUAUCACAAGGAAAGAUGCUGAGAGGCAACUUCUAGCCCCAAGAAAUAAACCAGGGGCAUUCCUUAUUCGAGAAAGUGAAACUUCAAAAGGUAGCUAUUCUCUGUCCAUCAGAGACUCUGAUCAGAAGGGAGUGGAUGUGAUCAAGCAUUACAAGAUCCGAAAUCUGGACAAUGGUGGCUAUUACAUCUCUCCCAAAAUUACAUUUCCUGACAUUCCUCAAAUGGUGAAGCAUUAUCAGAAACAAUCAGAUGGUCUAUGUCGAUGCCUGGACAAGCCGUGUUCCAAACCCAAGGCCCAGAUGCCAUGGGAUAAAGAUGCCUGGGAGAUUUCCAAGGAGUCUAUCAAAAUGGUGAAGAAACUUGGAGCAGGGCAGUUUGGGGAAGUGUGGUUGGCUUACUACAACAACUCCACUAAAGUAGCUGUGAAAACCCUGAAACCAGGCACCAUGUCUGUGCAGGCUUUCCUCGAAGAAGCAAACCUGAUGAAAGCCCUUCAGCAUGACAGGUUGGUGAGGCUGUACGCUGUGGUCACCAAGGUGGAGCCCAUUUAUAUCAUCACUGAAUUCAUGGCAAAUGGUAGUUUGUUAGAUUUCCUAAAAAGCGAAGAAGGCAACAAGCUACUGUUACCAAAGCUAAUUGAUUUUUCAGCUCAGAUUGCAGAGGGGAUGGCUUACAUUGAAAAAAAGAACUACAUCCAUCGGGAUCUGAGAGCAGCAAAUGUCCUUGUUUCAGAGUCACUGUUAUGCAAAAUUGCUGACUUUGGUUUAGCGAGAGUCAUUGAGGAUGAUCAGUACACAGCCCGGGAAGGUGCCAAGUUCCCAAUAAAGUGGACCGCUCCGGAAGCUAUUAACUAUGGAUCAUUCACUAUCAAGUCAGACAUGUGGUCCUUUGGAAUUCUACUUUAUGAAAUUGUUACACAUGGAAAAAAUCCAUAUCCAGGAAUGAGCAACGCUGAUGUGAUGAGUUCAGUCCAGCGUGGUUUUCGAAUGGGUUGUCCUGAUAAAUGUCCACAGGAGCUUUAUGACAUCAUGACUUCCUGCUGGAAGAGCAAACCUGAGGACAGGCCCACAUUUGACUAUUUGCAGAGUGUGCUGGAUGACUUCUACACAGCAACUGAAGGACAAUAUCAACAGCAACCUUAAGAGCAAGAAGAAUUUUUUUUGUUGUUGUGACUGCAUGUAACGAUUUUAAUGAUAUGGCCUGUGUAAUAUUAAAUUACAUUGACCAUAUCAUCAUCUUCAUGUAUUCAUCCUUCAUUAGUAUCUUGAAUCCCCACUACUGCAUGUCUGGAGCAUUGGGCCCAAAUUUACACCAAUGAAUAGUUUUAGAAGGGCAGUGGAAAUGUUAUACAGUCUUCUCCGGCUAAGAGAGCACCCCUCGGGAAGCAAGCAAAGUGUUCUUUAAGACGGAGUUUGCCACCAGACACAAUAUGAGUCAAUAAAUAAAU